GCGACGAACCGGUAACAACCUCGAAUAAAACCCUCGGAGCCUCUCUUCCUAUCCUAUCAUUUCAGAAAGCAGCGGCAGCAACUGCAGCGGAAGAAAAAUGCCAGGGCCAGUGGUGGAAGAAGAGGAGCUUCGAGCCAUCCUCGAAGAAGAAAAACGGAAUCUCAAGAACGAUGACGAGCCCAUCGUCGAAGAUGCUAAGGACGACGACGACGACGAUGAUGACGACGAUGAGGACGAUGACGACGGUGAACAAGGUGCAGGUGCAAACGAGAGCUCAAAGCAGAGCAGGAGCGAGAAAAAGAGCCGCAAGGCAAUGUUGAAACUGGGGAUGAAACCCGUCACCGGUGUCACCAGGGUUACCAUCAAGAGAACAAAAAAUAUUCUGUUUGUGAUCUCAAAACCUGAUGUCUUCAAGAGCCCAAACUCCGAGACAUACGUCAUAUUUGGGGAGGCAAAGAUUGAGGAUCUGAGCUCUCAGCUGCAGACACAAGCUGCCCAGCAGUUCCGGAUGCCAGACAUCAGCAGCAUGAUGGCGAAGCCAGAUGCCUCUGCCGCCACACAGGUCGAUGAGGAAGAGGAGGAUGUUGAUGAUACUGGAGUAGAGCCUAGAGACAUUGAUCUGGUGGUGACACAGGCCGGAGUGUCAAGAAGCAAGGCUGUGAAAGCUCUCAAGACCCACAAUGGGGAUAUCGUCAGUGCUAUAAUGGAGCUCACUGCCUAGUAACGGGAUCAUACCAUCUUCCAUUCUUGCUCAUGGAUUUUUGAACUUGCUGAGUAAUUAUCACUGUCCUCCUGUCUUUUUUACUUUUUCUUGAUUUGAUAAUGGAGGAUGACAUUUUGUUAGGUUGGUUUGCAGUUGGAAUCUCCAGUGCGACUCUUAACGCUUUAAUAUAUGCAUUUUGUUUUUUCA